CGCCCCGCUGUAGCGUGGUGGUGGACAGCUUGUGAGUCGGCUGUCGUUAGGACCCGGUGGCAGCCAGCAGACGGUCUGCAGGCCCCUGCAGUGAGAGUGGCGCAUCUGGAAGAGAGCUGGCCGGCUGGGGAGGUGGAGGACGGGGAGAGAAGAGGAAGGAGGCUCCGGCAGAAAGCGAGACAAAAAGGGUCAGGCCUGGGACUUAGGAAAAUCGGGAGAACGACAAGAAGAGGGAUCGUCUCACAUUUUUUAAAUUUGUGUUCCUUUGACUUUAUUUUCUCUUGAAACUUCUCCUCAUCAGACAUUAAUCAUAAGCUCAUAAGCCUUUAAAACGAUGCCGUCCAACACUGUCACCAACACCAACACUACUGCAUUCAAAGCAUCAGACUUCACUGAUUCACCUGGAAACAGAAUGAGUGAAAGCACAAUCCCGGACAUGGACCCGAUGAAAGAGGAGAAGGCAGCUAAAAGCAGUGCCUCUUGUAAAGUUGGCAAGCCUGGAAGAAAGCGCAAGCAGUUUCCAGUCGAGAGCUGUGGCGCUCUCAAAGACGGUGUGGGCAAUAGCUACCCUGGGGUGGGUAGGCCGUCCAUGGCACAAGUCCACAAUGGAGACGUAGGCGGGCACAGAGACAGGACAUCAGACACCUUCUUCCUCAAACAGGAGAAGAGAGAAGUGGAAAACGGAAUCCCCAGAGACCCUUCCUCUUGCUGGGCAGAGGACAGUUCCCAAAGUCAGAGCCUGAGCCCUUCACAGGAAAACGGCUUCCUGCCCAGCCGGGAAGAGCAGGACUCAGAGAAAGACAAGGACAACAGCCUGACGACGCCGCGCAAGAAACGAGGGAGGCGGAAACUGGAGCGCCCAACGAAAUAUGUGGAGCACAAGGAGGAGGACGAAAGUGACACAGUCAAGACCGAGGGAGGUCGAGGCAGGCUGCGAGGGGGAGUUGGUUGGGAGAUCAGCCUUCGUCAGAGGCCGAUGCCCAGAAUAACCUUCCAGGCUGGUGACCCUUAUUACAUUAGCAAGCGGACCAGAGAGGAGUGGCUGACCAAGUGGAAGAUGGAGGCAGAGAAAAAGGCCAAACUGAUGUCAGCGAUGAACGCCAUCAAGGAUCACAAGGAGAAUGAAACAGAGACUCAGAACGAAGAGGUCUCAAUAAUCAAGCACCCACAGCCUUCAAAGCAGCAGCAGCAGCAGCCUCAGUCUCAGCCUCAGUAUCAACAGCAAUCACAGCUGUCGCUGCCAAAGCAACAACAACAACAACAUCAGCAGCUGCCUCAACAGCAGCAGCCUACUAGCCCAGCUUCUCCCACCGUGGCCACAACCCCUGAGCCUGUCGUCAUUGGAGGUGGAGAGAAGGCGUGCCCCAAGUCUGCAGACACUGAGCCCGAGUAUGAGGACAGUCGUGGUUUUGGCAUUGGUGAGCUGGUUUGGGGGAAGCUCCGUGGGUUCUCGUGGUGGCCAGGCCGCAUCGUAUCCUGGUGGGUGACGGGACGGAGCAGAGCUGCCGAGGGAACCCGAUGGGUCAUGUGGUUUGGAGAUGGAAAAUUCUCAGUGGUCUGUGUAGAGAAACUCAUGCCUUUAAGUUCCUUCAACAAUGCCUUUCACCAACCAACUUACAACAAGCAACCCAUGUACAAGAAAGCCAUCUAUGAAGUGCUACAGGUGGCUAGCAGCCGGGCAGGCAAAGCCUUCAUGGCCUGCCCUGACAGCGAUGAGACGGAAACCUCCAAAUCAGUGGAAAUGCUGAACAAACAGAUGAUUGACUGGGCUAUGGCAGGGUUUCAUCCCACAGGGCCCAAGGGCUUAGAGCCACCAGAGGAGGAGCGUAGCCCAUACAAAGAGGUUUACCCUGAGAUCUGGGUGGAACCAGAAGCAGCAGCCUACACACCCCCUCCAGCCAAAAAGCCUCGCAAAAGCACAGCAGAGAAACCCAAGGUCAAGGACAUCAUUGAUGAGAGGACACGGGAGCGGCUUGUUUAUGAAGUGAGACAGAAGUGCCGCAGCAUAGAGGACAUCUGUAUCUCCUGUGGAAGUCUGAAUGUUAGCCUUGAGCACCCACUGUUUGCUGGAGGAAUGUGCCAGAGCUGUAAGAACUGCUUCCUAGAAUGUGCGUAUCAAUAUGACGAUGAUGGUUACCAGUCGUACUGCACGAUCUGCUGCGGGGGCCGAGAAGUGCUCAUGUGUGGAAACAACAACUGCUGUCGGUGUUUCUGUGUUGAGUGUGUCGACCUCCUCGUUGGUCAGGGAGCGGCCCACGCAGCCAUCAAGGAAGACCCAUGGAACUGCUUCAUGUGUGGUCAGAAGGGUGUGUUCGGUCUGUUGGAGCGUCGCACUGACUGGCCCAGCCGUCUUCAGCUCUUCUUUGCAAAUAAUCAUGACCAAGAUUUUGAUCCACCAAAGCAUUACCCCCCAGUCAUGGUGGAGAAGAGGAAGCCCAUUCGUGUCCUGUCGCUAUUUGAUGGUAUAGCAACAGGAUUGCUGGUGCUGAAAGAACUUGGCAUCCAAGUAGAUCGCUAUGUAGCUUCUGAAGUGUGUGAAGACUCCAUCACUGUGGGUAUCGUCCGGCAUCAGGGUCGCAUCAUGUAUGUCGGUGACGUGAGGAACGUCACGCGCAAACAUAUACAGGAGUGGGGUCCUUUUGACCUAGUUAUUGGUGGAAGUCCAUGCAAUGACCUCUCGAUAGUCAAUCCUGCAAGGAAAGGUCUUUAUGAGGGUACCGGCCGCCUGUUCUUUGAGUUUUACAGGCUGCUCCACGAGGCUCGGCCAAAGAAUGGGGAGGACCGGCCUUUCUUCUGGCUCUUUGAAAAUGUGGUUGCCAUGGGUGUCAGUGAUAAGAGGGACAUAUCUCGCUUUUUAGAGUGCAACCCAGUGAUGAUUGAUGCCAAGGAAGUGUCAGCUGCCCACCGCGCCCGCUACUUCUGGGGUAACCUUCCUGGCAUGAACAGGUUGGUGGGUGAAUGGCCUCUGAGCGCUAUGUGCACUGACAGGCUGGACCUCCAGGACUGUUUAGAGCAUGGCAGGACAGCUAAGUUUGACAAGGUGAGGACCAUCACCACCAGAUCUAAUUCUAUCAAGCAGGGCAAGGAUCAGCACUUCCCCGUCUACAUGAACGAGAAGGAAGACAUACUCUGGUGCACUGAGAUGGAGAGGGUCUUUGGCUUCCCAGUCCACUAUACAGACGUGUCCAACAUGAGCCGACUGGCAAGGCAGAGGCUUCUGGGCAGAUCAUGGAGCGUCCCAGUUAUCCGCCACCUCUUUGCACCACUCAAAGAUUACUUUGCCUGUGUUUGAGCAGCAAGAAAACUCACUCAGAACCAUUGUAGGAACUACAACUGUAUGUUGUGACUAGAAAUAAGAGCCUUGAUCCUCAAAUUAUACUCUUGUAUAAUUAGCAAGUGAGACAUUGAUGUAGAUUUCACAUUAUUUCUUGUAUUUGAAUGGCUUAUUCUAUUUAAUUUUGAUAUGUCAUUGUACUUUUUAGCAGUGUUAUCAAGUUUUGUUAAUUUGUUUGUGCAAGCUAUACUUGAGACUAUGCUUUCUUCUCAAGACACCGAGAGAGACAAAGUGCUAAAUAUGUAUUUUAAAAGACGGUUAUGCGACUGGAAACAUCAGAGUGAUAGAAAGUGGUUUUAAGAUAUGUGAACUAUUUCUGCUGUGUGAGUGUACUGUACAUCUGGGCUGCGAGAUUCCCACCUGCAG